UGUUGCGCUCGCGUUGCUCUCGGCGCGACGUCAGUGUGAGUGCAGCAGUGCAGUAGACAGCAUUACAUGAGCAGUCUGCUCUCAUCGCUGCCGCUCCUGCCUUCUGCACGUCAAGUUAUCCGCUACACUAGCUCUCAUCACUCAUUCUCGUAUUGCUCCGCUCUUUCAGGCCACCCGUACAUGGAUUUCUCCUGGAUUUCCCAUCUCUAACAUGGACGCCCGGUCGGAAGGUUGCUCCUUUGCGCAGUGAGACGGACAUGCGGAGCAUCGCUGAUAUGGAGUGUCCUCUUCUGUCUCAGUGACCAUGCCGUGAUCACAUCGCUGACAAAAAACACCUCCAAAGCAGAAAUAAGUGGGAAUCUUACGAUCCAUCCAGGGGAAUGACAUGCAGUGUAUCGCAGGCAUCGUGAAGAUGUGCUCUCCUCUGGUAACUCAUCAGAGAUGGCUUGGGCUGUUGCUGCUCUUACUGUGUGUGGGAUAUUCUCACGGGAUGCCACAUGUGUUAAGAUUCGGGGGGAUAUUUGAAUCCAUCGAAAGUGGUCCAUCUGGUGCUGAAGAACUUGCCUUUAAGUUUGCUUUAAACACAAUCAACAGGAACAGAACUUUACUGCCAAACACCACACUUACAUACGACAUCCAAAGGAUAAACAUCCACGACAGCUUUGAGGCCUCCAGAAAAGCUUGUGACCAGCUCUCUCUGGGUGUGGCAGCCAUCUUCGGUCCCUCCCACAGCUCUUCGGCCAACGCGGUGCAGUCCAUCUGUAACGCUCUGGGGGUGCCGCACAUCCAGACCAAGUGGAAGCACCAAGUGUCAGACAACCGCGACUCCUUCUAUGUCAGCCUUUACCCAGACUUCUCCUCCCUCAGCAGAGCCAUUUUAGAUUUGGUUCACUUCUUCAAGUGGAAAACGGUCACUGUGGUUUACGAUGACAGCACAGGUCUGAUUCGAUUACAGGAGCUCAUCAAGGCUCCAUCUCGUUACAACAUCCGAUUAAAAAUCCGGCAGCUACCAGCAGAAACAAAAGAUGCCAAGCCCCUUCUUAAAGAAAUGAAACGAGGAAAAGAGUUCCAUGUGAUCUUUGACUGUGGUCAUGAAAUGGCAGCUGGCAUCCUUAAACAGGCACUCGCCAUGGGAAUGAUGACAGAGUAUUACCACUACAUUUUUACUACCCUGGAUCUCUUCGCGUUGGAUGUGGAGCCCUACCGCUACAGUGGGGUCAACAUGACAGGAUUCCGUAUCCUAAACACAGAGAACAGCCAGGUGUCCUCCAUCAUUGAAAAGUGGUCCAUGGAGCGUCUGCAGGCACCUCCUAAACCAGACUCUGGCCUGCUGGAUGGUUUCAUGACAACAGAUGCUGCCCUGAUGUAUGAUGCGGUACAUGUGGUGGCCGUGGCCGUACAGCAGUCCCCUCAAAUCACUGUCAGUUCACUACAAUGUAACCGUCACAAGCCCUGGCGCUUUGGCAACCGCUUCAUGAUGCUCAUCAAAGAGGCCCACUGGGAUGGUUUGACCGGACGGAUAAAUUUCAACAAGACCAAUGGCCUGAGGACAGAUUUCGAUCUGGAUGUGAUCAGCCUGAAGGAAGAGGGGCUAGAGAAGAUUGGGACAUGGGAUCCUGCAAGUGGUUUGAACAUGACGGAAAACCAGAAGGGAAAGGCAGCCAAUGUGACGGAUUCACUCUCCAACAGAUCGCUGGUGGUGUCCACUAUACUGGAAGAGCCUUACGUGAUGUUCAAGAAGUCAGAUAAGCCGCUAUACGGUAACGAUCGCUUCGAGGGCUACUGCAUCGACCUGCUGCGAGAGCUGGCUGCCAUCCUGGGCUUCACCUACGAAAUACAACUGGUGGAGGAUGGCAAGUAUGGAGCGCAGGAAGAGAACACGGGCCAGUGGAACGGCAUGAUCCGAGAACUGAUGGACCAUAAAGCUGAUCUUGCAGUGGCACCCCUGGCCAUCACGUACGUGCGGGAGAAGGUCAUCGACUUUUCCAAACCCUUCAUGACGCUGGGGAUAAGUAUACUGUACCGCAAACCCAACGGCACCAACCCGGGGGUGUUCUCCUUUCUCAACCCCCUGUCCCCUGACAUCUGGAUGUAUAUUCUGCUCGCUUACUUGGGUGUCAGUUGUGUGCUGUUUGUCAUAGCCAGGUUUAGCCCCUACGAAUGGUAUAACCCCCACCCGUGCAACCCUGACUCGGACGUGGUGGAAAACAAUUUCACCCUGCUAAAUAGUUUCUGGUUCGGAGUUGGAGCUCUCAUGCAGCAAGGAUCUGAGCUCAUGCCCAAAGCCCUUUCCACCAGGAUAGUAGGAGGCAUCUGGUGGUUUUUUACCUUAAUCAUCAUCUCCUCCUACACGGCCAACCUAGCCGCCUUCCUUACCGUGGAGAGAAUGGAAUCUCCAAUUGACUCGGCUGAUGACCUGGCCAAGCAGACCAAGAUUGAGUAUGGAGUGGUGGAGGAUGGCGCUACGAUGACCUUCUUUAAGAAAACAAAGAUCUCCACGUAUGAUAAGAUGUGGGAGUUCAUGAGCAGUCGAAGACAUUCAGUCAUGGUGAAGAGCAUCGAGGAAGGAAUUGAACGUGUACUCACCUCAGAUUAUGCUUUCCUUAUGGAGUCCACCACCAUCGAAUUUCCAGCACUGGGAGCACCAGAGAUAGGGGAACGAUCUCCUUGGUUGAGGCAUGACAGGCAGACUGUUCAGGGGUCCCCUUACAGAGAUAAGAUCACCAUCGCAAUCCUGCAGCUACAGGAAGAAGGGAAGCUUCACAUGAUGAAGGAGAAGUGGUGGCGAGGAAACGGCUGUCCUGAGGAGGAGAAUAAGGAGGCCAGUGCGCUGGGUGUCCAGAACAUCGGCGGCAUUUUCAUAGUGUUGGCUGCGGGACUCGUCCUCUCUGUGUUUGUGGCAGUUGGGGAGUUUCUCUAUAAGUCCAAACAAAACGCACAGCUGGAAAAGAGAUCCUUCUGCAGCGUCAUGGUGGACGAGCUAAGGGUUUCCCUCAAGUGUCAGCGCCGGCUCAAACACAAACCGCAGCCGCCGGUCAUGGUCAAAACGGAUGAAGUCAUCAACAUGCACACCUUCAAUGACCGAAGACUGCCAGGCAAAGAGACCAUGGCUUAAAACGGACACCAGCUCGCUCUUUCUUGAGCUUGGACAAGGAAACUUCACGGGGAGAAAUUUGGGCGGGGAGGAAGUCGGUUUUCUAUACGGGGAAGGGAUCUUAAAUGUCAUUUCAAACAAUUAGUUACUGAAAACAACAGCAGAAACGGAAACACAUUUCCUGUGGAAAUAAAUCGAGUCUGGGCAAAUUUUUAGUUACCUCAUCGCUCCAGAUCACCAAGACUGACCGGUGCCAGCGUUCAGGGUAACUUUUAGCAGGAAAUACACACACAGCUAGAGGAGUGUGACGGAAGGAGGUUUGUCUGCUCAUUAUGUUCAUAUUAUUUUUGGUUUGAUGACACCACACUUGGCUGUUGUCCAUCCACAGAGAGCAGCUGCGUCCUUUAGAGAGAACGAGGAGACGCGUCCUGACAAAUACAGAAGCAAAAGAAGGACAGGUUUUUAACACAUACAGUAUCUGUGCUACUUUUAGGAGCAAAAAAAAAAGUACUCUGAAACAAUCAGUUCGCAGCACAGCAAUAUCACUGAAAUCAUUCAGCGUGCUUCACACCCACACUCGCAAGCAAUGGAAGCAGGACACAGCAACAGGCAAUAUACCACUUUCAUUUCUUUGCAUUUCCAGGCCCCUGCUGAGUGUCACAAUGACUAAUGUGAACCUCACAAAAACAUGUUCGACUCGCAACACAUUUCGACAUUUGUGUUUAUUUUAAGCAUAUUAAAACCAUUGCACAAUUGAAUAUUUUCUGUCAAAAUUUACAGUACCCUACAAAAAAGAUCCGUUUUUGUUCAAUUACAGUGAAAAUAUGUAAACAUGAUUAAAAUAAGAUACUUUUAAUGGAGAAGCAACAUUUCAUAAGAUGAGAGUUA